GGAAGGCCAGGUAGAGUAGAAGUGAGGUGUGCAAGAAGACGACAGUGUUUGUGGACUUACUGUAGUCAUACUUCACAUUUCUCGCCUGAUCUUCGUCUGACGACCUUCACGCGGUCUUUCUCGCCAGCCAUGGUCGUGAGCACGUGGGCGUGUCUGGGGCUCCUGACCGUCGGCCUGUGUAUGGGCGCCGCCCUUCCCGCCCGCAUUCUGCUGCCCUUCAACCUCGAGUACGACGCGGACCCCGCAUGGAGCCUAGACACCUACGGGGAUCCUGCGGCACUCACAGACGCCGUGGGCAAGACCUUAGGCCUGCACCUGCCGCCCCGCCCCGACGCCGCCAAGCUCAUGAACACUGCGCGGGAGGUGGACUCGAGUAAUAGCCUGCAGCAGAAUGCUCAGGCGUUCGGCGCCCACGGGGAUGCGGAGGAGAUGCUCGGCGCGGUCGGAUUCCUGCCCAACAUGCAGAAGCUGAGGCCGGCGAAAAGAUAUCUGGGCAUCGAGCUACCAGACUACAUCGCCUCGAAGAAGGAACUCGGAAAGCUCAAGGAGAAGAUGCUGAACUCUGGAAAGUAAGGUGUUUUAGUAAAUCCGCUCCGUUCCUGCAAACCAUGACGUCAUCGUCAGGGUCCAGCGUCUGUUUAAGUUUUGUUCCAUGGACUUUAGGACACUCCAAUCCUCCCGAGAAUCGAUUCAGGAAGUGCGCUGAAAAAAAUCCCACAAAUUGUGUCGGACAUUUUUCUUCUCCGUUAUCUCUCUGUAGAAAACGACACCGUAACGCAAAGACUAGUUAGCAUGUAACCUUUUUUCCAGUGAUGUCUUUAACACGGAGGCGUUACGAUCCACGGAAUUAAGAAAAAAGAAAGAAGGGUAAAAAAAAAAAAAAGGGGGAAACACUCAUAUCAAAGAAAGAGGAAGAAGGAAAAAAAAAAAAAAAAAAAAAAAACACGCAGGAGAAGCGUGAUCUCGUAUUUCGCGAGAGCAAGUGUUAUUGCGGUCAUUUGCCCCGACCCCCGUAAGGAAAUAAGAGAAAGGAUAAGAGAAAGGGAGGCAAGAAAAUCAUAUGUUUAUACAUAGGUUCUGAUCUGAUACUCGUGCGCUCUCCAUUCGUGCGAGAUCCUUUUAUGUGUAAUGUUUAGGACUUUUUUUUUUUUCUGAGGCUGGUUAAGCUCUUCGUAUAUUCUGUAUCACAUAUUUUUUGUAUGGACACGACACAGCAGAAGUGACGUUUGCUAAACACAGAUAUGUCAGUGUUAAUAAAGCUAAUGCAUAAACCUUGUGUAUUUUCUUCGGACGUGUCAUAUUUCCUUACCAUAUGCUAUUAUACAAAUGUAAUAAAUGCUUACAUGUA